AUGCUCUCCUCCACCGCCUUGUUGUUGCGUGGCCAGUACAAGACGCGUCUCAAGAAGCGUAUGGUGGGUUUCAUCCCCAAGGUUAUCCCCAGGAAGAUAAAAAACAAUAUGGUAGCACUGCGCAGUGAGGCAAACACCGGGCACAUGGAGGGAUACCUCAAGACGGAGACAGAGCGACUAGAUGCUACAGGGCGAAAAGUGCAAAAGGUGCUCUGGGAUCCAGUGCUGCAGCGGCACUGCUUGUUCAAGGAAACGAAAAUAAAAGGACCAUUCAUGACCAAGUCGGCGAUAGCGAAGAAGGUGGAUUUCCCCAUUGGUGGUGCGGAAAAGAUGUUGAAGAAAUAA